AUGUCCGUCAAAUUCACACCCGGACCUCACCCAACAUCGUUAUCCCGAUCGUCAUCCUCACAAUUACCUUCGCGUACACCUAUACCCUCCGCACAAAGCUCACCUAUAACAUUGAAUUUCCCUCGAUCACCUUCCUCUUCUUCCGACGUCACUACUUCCAAACAGCCAAAAAGACCAUCUAGAUUACAAAACAAUGGCGAUCCUGAAGAUCCUGAAAGACAGCCAUUGUUAGAGACUAGACAAUUGAACAAACCAAGAAUACUUUACUCGGUCUUAAGUGUACUUUCAGUCAUCAUCUUAUUAGGUCUAUUCGUUGGUUUCGGUGGUUGGAGAUUGGGUAAAGGUGAGGGGGGUGAUAGGUGGCCCGGAAGUCCGGGAUUACAAUGA